UUACCCCUCAUUUACUUUCCCCAACACACGUUAACUCCCCAACUCCCUCCUUGCUUUUGUUCCAUCGAACCUACAAAAAACCAUCGUUCCUUAUCCAAAUAAGUUAAUCGACGCAACACAUACAAGGCUAUACGUUUAAUUCGAAAUGGUGUACGUAAUGUGGCAGAUUAGAUCAAAACAUGAAGUUGUUGACGUAUUAGCCGUAUAUGCGGGUGCACUUACAUCAUUUAGUAUUAAGCUUAAUCACGGUGGGAAAUUUACUAAGUUACCUGAUAUAAAGUACAUUGGAGGUGAAGUGCGUUAUGUUGAUUAUGUCGACAUAGAUGAGUUUUCUAUACAUGAACUUGAUGCCAUAAUGCUUGACCUAGGUUACCCAAACCCACAGAUGAUUGAAUUCGCUAAUGAAUCCCCAAUGAUAUACUACCAUUUUAUGAUACCAAUGGUGACUUUCCAUUUGCUCUUAGAGCUUUAUGGAAUGAUCAGGAUGUGA